UCGAAAAAUUUGAAGAUAUAUUAAAAAGAAUAUUCGAAAUACAAUUUUAUUGGUUAGGUAUGCUGUUGAACUGCGCCAUAUUUGGUGCAAUGUUCCGUCCAUUGAAACCAACGAGAAUAAAGAUUAAACAAAAUCAAGACAACGAUGUUAUCGAAGCUAACACAACAUUUAUCGGGAAAGGUACUUCGACUACCUCAUUGCAUUAUGUCCAGUCAAACAGAAUGGGACUUUUUGGGACUAACAACAACACCGAGUAUCCAACAGCUGCACAACUUAUUGGCAGUAGUCCUAAUAUAGUAAAUGCAUCAAAAUCGAUGUUAUCACUGCACAAGGUCAACGCGAAUUCAAGAAAUUCUGAAAGAAAAUUAAAUAACACCGAGAAAAGAUUAUCCGUACCAAUUUAUCCUGAUUUAGCCGGUGAUCAAGAAGAUACCAAAUCAAUCGAAGAAGAGAACAAUCUUCUUGGUGGUGACAUGGACAGGCUUAAUGGUAAAAUACCAACGAUACGAAGACACACGAUCAAUGGUCGUAGACCUCGUGCAGACUCGGACUGCAGCCAGAAAUCUCUUCGAAUGAGCAACAGGCGAAAUACUCCGAGUAAGGACCCCCAGAGACCAUUUUAUAGAGAUGAUAUCUUCUAUGGAGGAUCUUUAAACAGAUUAGCACACUACAAGUCUCAAGUAAGCUAAAUAUUAUUCAUUUUUUUUUCUUUUUUUCCAACACGAACAAACCUAUCAUCAAUUUUACUUCAUUUUCCUUUCACCUUCAGCCUCACAUUUUCUUUUUUUUUUAUUUAUCAUCGAUCUGAACGUAAAGUUAAUUUUGUGUCUUUUUUUUUCUAAUAAUUUUUUUUUUCUCUUGACGAUGAAUUUAUUUUCUGAUCUUCAAUGUUUUUUUUUUUCUUGACGAUGAAUUUACUUUCUGAUCUUUAAUAUUUGUUUUUGUCUUUUUUGACGAUGAAUUUAUUUGUUGGUCUUUAAUCUUUGUUUUCUUUCUCUUGACGAUGAAUUUAUUUUCUAAUCUUCAAUGUUUUUUUCUUGACGAUGAAUUUAGUUUCUAAUCUUCAAUGUUUUUUUUUCUUGACGAUGAAUUUAUUCUUUGGUCUUCAAUGUUUAAUAUUUUUUUUC